AUGUCGGACUGCAGCUGGCUGUCACUUUACGGAGACUCUUCCAACAUGCUGACAAGGAAGCCCAUCUCUGAUGACGACUUGUUGUGCCCGCAGUGCUCCGGCAUUUACUGCCUUCCUGUUGUUUUAAUAUGUGGCCACAAUAUUUGCAAGGUUUGCUUGUACAGGUUCUGGGAAGUGAGGAGGUGUCGGAACUGUCCUGUGUGUGGCAUCGAGUCUUCCACUGGAGUGCCUCCUCUCAAUCUGGCUCUUCAGAAACGCAUUGAUGUUUUUAAAGUCCAUGCGCCCAUCGAGGAGUCAGACGAGUGCCUUCUUCACAACGAGAAACUGAAGGUGUUUUGUAACGACGACGAGGUACCCAUCUGUCUUGUCUGCCAAAUAUCUAAGCAGCACUCGGUUCACCAGUGCUGUACAGUGGAGGAAGCAGUCUUGACCAAAAAGGCUGAGAUUUCUGACAUACUUGACUCCUUAAGGAAAAAAGUCAAAAAUAUGAAUAGGACAAAGCAGCAAUGGGAGGAAACCAAAAAUUACCUGAAGACUCAAAGCUCUCAGGUGGAGACGCAGAUCAAACAGGAGUUUCAGAAACUUCAAAAGUUCCUCCAGGAUGAAGAGAACAUGAGGCUGAGGGCACUCAAGCAGGAAGAGGAGACAAAGGCCAAAGUCAUCAGCAAGAAGAUUGAAAACUUAGAAGAGCAGAUAAGACUCCUCUCCUUCACCAUCACCGAUGUUGACAAAGCCCUCACUCUGAAUGACUUACCAUUCUUAAAGAAAUGCAAGCAAAUCAAGAGCAGGGUCAAAUGCAACAUUCCAGAGCCAGAGACCAUCAGAGACAUUUUGAUCAAUUCUGCUAAGCAUCUGGGAUUACUUCCUUACGAAGUUUGGAAGAAGAUGUUAAACACGAUCAAUUACACGUCUGUCAUCCUGGAUCCAAACACGGCCCACUCUAACCUGAAGCUGUCCCAAGGUUUGACCAGUGUGCAGUACAGCAGCAAGAAGCCUCUACCUGAUAACCCCGAACGCUGCACCAGUCGAAUGUGGGUGUUGGGCGCCAACGGUUUCAUAUCUGGGAAGCACAGCUGGACAGUAGACGUAGGCCAGGGCAAAGACUGGUACAUUGGAGUGGCCAGAGAGUCCAUCAAACGAAAGAGCGCGGUCUUCCUCAGUCCCACUGAGGGCUUCUGGGUGAUUGGCCAGUGCAGCAUUGACUCGCUCUGGGCACAGACCUCGCCUCGGACCAGGAUCCAUGUGAAGCAGAAGCCUGAGAAGAUCACCAUAGAGCUGGAUUUCAUAAAAGGAAAGGUCGUCUUCAUCAAUAGUGAAGAUUCCUCAAUGAUCUACACGUUCAAAGAGAAAUUCUCAGAGAGGAUUUUCCCCUUCUUUGCUUUGGGGUUGGAGGACAGGCAAAACGCAAGCCCGCUAACAAUCUGCCCAAAGUUUCUAAGGGUGGAAAUAGAAUAAACACACAGCUCUCACACGCUGCUGAAGCAUCACACAUAAAACAAAGCAGCACUUUGAAUACAGAGGAGUAUUUCUGCACAAACAUUCAAGUUGUUUUAUUAUCACAUUUAGUGAAAUUACAGUUAAUUUAGUUGCAUUAACUCUCCUUGUUCUUUGGCUUCCUUUGUGUUGCCAUGUCUUUUAGUUUAGAGUCCAGUUUUCUUUGCAGGUAGGCCUUCUUGUUGGGGUCCAAGGAGUUGUCUUUCUUUCCACUGCCAGCAUAGAGAACGCCUUCUUUACUUAUUCUCAUCCGGGCGUGAGACUUGGCCUUCUCUCCACAGCCAUGAACCUAAAAAGAGGUUAAUAAACGAAUCGUUUUUGUGAACAGAUGGAAUUCUACACAUCUCCAUUCAAGUGCUGUAAUAUUUUCUUGUUGACCCCAAACAGAAAGAGGAAUAAGUUGUAGUAAAAGAUGGUUUGGUGGGUCUCUUACCUCUGGUAUGUGAUGACUGAGACAAUACUGCCUGUUGCAGAAGAUGCAAUGCUGUCCAAGCGUUAACACGGAGGCUUUACACUUCACAAAACUACAAACACUGUCCGCCUUCACCACUGUGCUGAUCAGAGAGUCAAAGUCAUCGUCUGGAGCAGCAGCAGCAGCGAUGUCACAAGCUCCAGCUUUAGUUUUGUUCUUUCCUGCAAGGAACAUGCUCAUUCUGUUAACCUGCUGAAAAUAAAGCACUUAUAAGAUUUG